AUGGCGGCGCUGCGCAAGCGGCUGCGGAAGCUGGCGGCUCUCGCUGCGGCGCUGCCCGGCGGGGGCGGCCCGGGACGAGCACCGGCACCGGCUCCUGCCUUGGAACCGGCCCCGGAGCCGCUCCCAGAAACGGCCGCCCCCGCCACAGCCGCGCUCUACGUGCAUUGGCCCUACUGCCGCAAGCGCUGCUCCUACUGCAACUUCAACACGUACGUGGUGCCGGCGGUGGACGAGGCGGCUGUGCGCGCUUGUCUGGUGCGGGAGGCACGGACCCUGCUGUGCCUCGGCCAGGUGCACAGCGUCACCUCCGUCUUCUUCGGCGGGGGCACCCCCAGCCUGGCCAGCCCCAGCACUGUUGCAGCAGUGUUGGAGGCUGUGGCGGGGGCUGCCCACCUUCCUUCUGGUGCUGAGGUCACGCUGGAGGCCAACCCCAGCUCCACCAGCACAUUGCGCCUUGCCGGCUUCAGGGCAGCUGGGGUCAACCGCCUCUCCAUCGGCGUGCAGUCGCUGGAUGAUGCCGAGCUGAGGAUGCUGGGCCGGGAGCACACAGCGGCAGAGGCACGGAAGGCUGUGGAAGCAGCGCGGGGGCUCUUCCCUGGCCGAACCUCCAUCGACCUCCUGUUUGGGCUGCCGGGACAGAGCCAGGAUGCCUGGGCCCAGAGGCUGGAGGCAGCCUUGGGGCUUUGUGACGACCACAUCUCCCUGUACCAGCUGACGCUGGAGCGGGGCACGGUGCUGGCAGCACAGGUCCAGAGGGGAGCCCUGCCCGCAUCCCCCCAGGAUCUGCUGGCUGACAUGUACCAGGCUGCCCGCACUGCGCUGGUGGGCGCCGGCUUCCGCCACUAUGAGGUCUCAAAUUUUGCACGGAAGGGCGCCCUCAGCACCCACAACCUCUCAUACUGGCGGGGUGACCAGUACAUCGGUGUGGGGCCAGGGGCACAUGGGCGCUUUGUGCUGCGGGGUGAAGGUGGCUGUAGCCGGGAAGCUCGUGUCCAGACCCUGGAGCCUGUCACCUGGAUGCAGGAGGUGCAGAGCCGGGGACACGGCACCAGGAGUCGGGUGGUGCUGAGCCUACUGGAGCAGCUGGAGGAGCUGCUCACCCUGGGACUGCGCACGGAUGAAGGCAUCACACAGGAGCGCUGGGGGCACUUCUCCCCCCAGCUCAGCCUGCAGGCCGUGUUUGGGGAGCCAGGGGAGGCUCAGGCACUUCAGCAGGAGGGCUGGCUUGUCCUGGACAGCAGGGGGCUGCGGUGCACCUGGGCUGGCCUGGCCGUGCUGGACUCGCUGCUGCCUGACCUGCUCUGGCAGCUGCAGCGGGUGCUGGGCGCUGCCCGGCGCCCACCGAGGGAAGAA